AUGCCGCCAAAGCAAGAGCCCGGCGCGGCCAGCUCAGAAAAGGACCAUCGCACGCACGAACCCGCAUCAAUCCUGACCUCCCUGCACUUCCACGCACCUUCUGGAGGUGUGGCAAGCAUCAUCCAGGCCGCCUCGUCGAUACUCUUCAAGUUUGCCGUCUACGUCUUCUUGCGAUGGAUCCCGACCUCUCUCGCCUACCCGGUCAUCCCCACCUUGUAUGCCGUGUACGUCCUGACAUCCGUAUAUUGCGACUACACCAUUCGCAGUGCCAUCAGCGCACAUCUCGCCAAGAAGGGGGCUCGUGAUCUUCAGCAGCUGGCCGACAAGGUCGAGGUCACCGACUCAAAGAUACAGACAAAACCCACCGCGAAGCCGGUCGAGAACAAGACCAAGGAUCAGAAUGGCGGCACGCCCACCAAGGCCGCAUCUUCUUCCGUCUCGUAUGCGGAAGUUGCCAAAGGCGCCAAGGCUGCUCCUACAUCUACAUCAUCGUCCACUUCGACAGCUCAUGCGGCUGAGAACGCCAAGCUGCGUCGUACCUCGCCACUGGACCUGCUCAAAGCGAUCGUCUUUGGCACCUCGACUCGAUCCACACGCCUCAACUUCUACAUCGUAUUGGCUCAUACGCUCGCCUUUGCCAUCUUCCUGGACAGCUUCCUCUCGCCCUACCUCUUUCCGUCGCACUGGGACUACAACCUCUCUUUCGCUCGCACCGGCGCUUUGGGUCCGACCUACGCCAAGAUCCACAUCCGCUACCCACCACCUGAGCUUGCAGGCGCACCCGAAGCAUCGCCUGCCAUGGCUUCACCCCUCACCAGCGCCUUGAACAGUCUCACCACCGAUCCGGCCCUUCGCACCGCAGCGGAACAGCUCGAGAAUCACGCUCAGCCCAUCGAGCUGCUGGUCAAGUACCGACGCGCCAUCAACGCUACGCAGGGCGACAACGCAUUCCUUUCAGCGUCGCGAGUCUACGGCAAGCAGUACCUCGCCAACCACGACAGCCUUUGGCUCAACGGUCCCCUCAUCACGCUACGUCCGGAGAAUGACUGGACUGCCACGGCCUUCAUCGAUGAACUUUGGCCUUCGACCACGUACGAGUGGGGUCUGUCGCAAUUCCAGCCCGAGCACGUGGACAACUCGGACGAGGUGCGGGUCAUCGAGAAGUUUGUCGCCAACGACGACAUUAGCCGACGCAACUUCUUCACCACUUGGCCUGACCCAAGGCUCAGCUCGUACAUGCAGUCGCAGAGCCUGGGAUCGCGAAAUAUCGACCUCAACAAAAGCUUGGAGGGCGAGCCAGUCGAAGAGAGCAACCCGCUCGAAGAUCCGAACCACUUUACUUUCGCCUCAACUUCGUGCGUCAAGCCCGACUUCCCUUACCACCCAGCACAAUUCUGGGGCUGGAACUGGAUUUUGAGGCUGAUUGGCAUUGGCACUGAGGAGGGCGGUAUCACCGAGCGCAACCGCAUUCCCGGCUUUGAUCUGCUCUACAAGCGGACCGUUGCUGGGCGAGAGUCGCAUCCCUCGAUCCGCUUCCUUUUGCAGCUCGGUGACUCGAUCUACGCCGACGUGCCUCACUACGGAGGAGCUGAGACCGGCGCGUACCGCAAGCUGUACCGCAACCUCUUCGCAUCCAAGAGCUUCCGCCGCUUCUUCAAGCACGUCCCCGUCAUUGGGAUCUACGACGACCACGAGGUGAUCAACAAUUGGUCGGGCAAGGACGAGAACGACGAAGAGAUCGCCGCCUACCCUUCAGCCAACACGGCUUGGAAGGAGUACAUUGGCGAUGUCAACCCGGAGCCGCUCGAGGCGGGGGAGAACUACUAUACGUUCCAGUACGGCGAAUCCGCCGCCUUCUUCGUGAUGGACACGCGUCGACACCGCACGCAUCACACCGCAGACGACGACGAGGACAAGACGAUGCUCGGCUACCGUCAGAAGGAGGAUCUGUACCGAUGGCUCUCUGCGGUCAACGAGACUGCCGCAUUCAAAUUUGUCGUCAGCUCGGUCCCCUUCAACACCUUAUGGGGCGGGGAGCUCGAUGUCGACGGGCAGAAAGACAGCUGGGCGGCGUACAACACGGAACGCCUCGAAAUCGCCGAAGUGCUCCGAUACGUUCCCAACGUGAUCGUCCUCUCUGGCGACCGACACGAGUUUGCUGCCGUAAGCGUGCUAGAUACGAUCACCGAGUUCAGCACCAGCCCGCUGAGCAUGUUCUACCUCCCCGUCCGCACGCUCUCCCAAGACCACGGCGACGGCAAGACGGGCGUCGACAAGCUGCUCAAGUAUCUGCCCGACGGGAACUACAAGUGGACCGAGUUCGAGGUGGAUGCGCGCGACCCGUACAAGCCUGUAGUGAGGGUUUCGGUGCAGAUCGACGGCAAGGAGGCGUGGAAGACGACGUACGUGGGCAAAUCGCUGCGCAAGUCGCAGGGUGGGGUGGGCGGUCUGGUGCGCAACCUCUUGGAGUCGUUGGGCUUCCGCUUUGACUUUUUCUACAAGGCAUGA